GUCCGAGGGAGGCUCCGGAUGCCAGAGCCGCGGCCGCUGCAGCCGUCACUGCCGCGAGAACCGCCGCUGGGAAGCCCGGGUCGCGAGGAGCUGGGAGGCGCCGCGUGCGCUGCCCCGCGCUGAGCGCCCUCCUGAGCGCCGUCUGAGGUUCUCAACAAGCUUUGGUGUCCCAGAAUGGCCCCUUGAGGUGAACCAUGAAUGUCUUCAGGACAAUUACCACUAAUUACCUAGAGUCACAUCUUGCCAGGAGGUGACCUGUCCUCCUCCUGCUCUCAGCUUGCCCACCCCUGCCCGGGAAAGUGCUGCAUCUGCCACGGACACCAUGUAGUAGAGCCGGCUGCGGCGCCCAGUGAGCUGCGAUGGUUUUGUACACGACUCCCUUUCCUAAUAGCUGUCUGUCCGCCCUCCACGCUGUGUCCUGGGCCCUCAUCUUCCCAUGUUACUGGUUGGUGGACCGGCUGGUGGCCUCCUUCAUACCCACCACGUAUGAGAAGCGCCAGAGGGCAGAUGACCCUUGCUGCCUGCAGCUGUUCUGCACUGUACUCUUCACGCCAGUCUACCUGGCUCUGUUUGUGGCUGCAUUACCUUUUGCCUUUCUUGGGUUCAUUUUCUGGUCUCCACUGCAGUCUGCCCGCAGGCCCUACUCCUACUCCCGGCUAGAGGACAAGAGCCCAGCUGGUGGGGCAGCCCUGCUUAGUGAAUGGAAGGGCACAGGGGCUGGCAAAAGCUUUUGCUUUGCCACGGCCAAUGUCUGCCUUCUUCCUGACUCACUCGCGAGGCUCAACAAUGUUUUCAAUACCCAAGCACGGGCCAAAGAGAUUGGGCAGAGAAUCCGCAAUGGGGCCGCCCGGCCUCAGAUCAAAAUUUACAUUGAUUCUCCCACCAACACUUCCAUCAGUGCAGCCAGCUUCAGCAGCCUGGUGUCUCCACAGGGCAGUGACGGAGCUAGAGCUGUCCCUGGUAGCAUUAAGAGGACGGCCUCUGUGGAAUACAAAGGGGAUGGAGGGCGUCACCCCAGUGAUGAGGCUGCCAAUGGCCCAGCCUCUGGGGACCCGGCUGAUGGCAGCCUUGAGGACAGCUGCAUUGUGCGAAUUGGUGGUGAUGAAGGAGGCCGACCACCAGAAGCUGAUGACCCUGCUACUGGGAAUCAAGCCAGGAAUGGGGCUGGUGGGGCCCCAAAGGGUCAGACGCCCAACCACAAUCAGCGAGAUGGGGAUUCUGGGAGCCUGGGCAGCCCCUCAGCCUCCAGGGAAUCCCUGGUGAAGGCACGGCCUGGGCAAGAUGGCGGUGGCAGUGGAGAGCCAGGAGUCAACAGCAAGCUCUUGUAUAAGACGUCAGUGGUGAAGAAGACAGCAGCACGCAGGAGGCGGCACCCUGAUGAAGCCUUUGACCAUGAGGUCUCGGCCUUCUUCCCAGCCAAUCUGGACUUCCUGUGCCUGCAGGAGGUGUUUGACAAGCGUGCAGCUGCUAAGUUGAAAGAGCAGCUACACGGCUACUUUGAGUACAUCCUGUAUGACGUCGGGGUCUAUGGCUGCCAUGGUUGCUGCAAUUUCAAGUGUCUCAACAGUGGUCUCUUCUUUGCCAGCCGCUACCCUGUCAUGGACGUGGCCUAUCACUGUUACCCCAAUGGGUGCAGCUUCGAUGCCCUGGCCUCCAAGGGAGCUCUGUUUCUCAAGGUGCAGGUGGGAAGCACACCUCAGGACCAAAGAAUCGUUGGGUAUAUCGCCUGCACACACCUGCAUGCCCCACCAGAGGAUAGUGCCAUCCGGUGUGAGCAACUGGACCUGCUUCAGGACUGGCUAGCUGAUUUCCGAAAAUCUACCUCCUCGUCCAGCACAGCCAACCCGGAGGAACUGGUGGUGUUUGAUGUCAUCUGUGGAGAUCUGAACUUUGAUAACUGUUCUUCUGAUGACAAACUGGAGCAGCAGCACUCACUGUUUACUCGAUACAAGGACCCCUGCCGCCUGGGACCUGGGGAGGAGAAGCCGUGGGCCAUUGGUACCCUGCUGGACAUAAACGGUCUCUAUGAUGAGGAUGUGUGUACCCCUGACAAUCUUCAAAAGGUCUUGGAGAGUGAGGAAGGCCGAAGGGAGUAUCUGGCCUUUCCUACCAGCAAGAGCCCAGGGGCUGGGCAGAAGGGGCGGAAGGACCUGCUGAAGGGCAAUGGCCGACGCAUUGACUACAUGCUGCACGCUGAGGAGGGGCUGUGCCCCGACUGGAAGGCUGAGGUAGAAGAAUUCAGUUUUAUCACCCAGCUAUCCGGCCUGACCGACCACCUCCCUGUGGCCAUGCGGCUGAUGGUAUCUGCAGGGGAAGAGGAGGCAUAAACCAGCCAUGCCACUGGCAUCUCAAGAAGUGGGGCCUCUGUCAGCCCUUCAAGCCACAGCCCAUGCCUGGGCUAUGUCCCCUCCAUUGAGCACCUAGUGCUGGGGGAAGGAGGGCAGGGGACAGGGAAGAGCCUGUCAGUCCCCUGGGAGCCUGGGAGCCAGGCUGCUCUGUGCCUCUGGGCCAUCUCUAAGAACAGAGGACUCAGGCCAGUCUGGGAGCCCCUGGCUGCCUAACCAGUGCCAUUCUUUCCAAUCAUGAUUUUCUACAGAUCUACACAGCACAACAUAGUUUGUAACCCAAGGGUUAGUAUGAGGACUGGGUUUGUGUA